AUGCAUUUCAAGAUUGGAUUACUGGUGGCUGCGCACAUCUUCCUGACAGCCAUGGCUGAGAGCAUGUACUGCUACCAGUCAGGCGAGAAGUUCAGCGACCUUGGGGACAACAUGGACAUCAGCAAUGCAUUCAACCGCAUCUGCGAUCGCAUUGGCGGGAAGGACUACAAGCUUGGUCAGAAGGUUUCGGAUUGUGAGAAUGUUGGCGACCAUAGCCUUGACGUCUCCAUCAAAAUCAAGGAGGACUCGUAUGCAGAGAAUGGCGUCGUUCAGUUGUACAAGACUGACUGUUCCAGCUACUUCUACAUACUCACGGACUGCUCGCAUGGAGGAUCUAUGGAUGUCUCCAUCGACGGAAGCCACGAGGCCAAGGCUGCGGUCAAGGUCGACCCUCAGAGGGCACAGUGUUAA